AUGCUUGAUCUGCGUCAAACCUACCUUGGCUCCCCAUUUUCCAGUCUUCAUCAUCUUGUGCUCCCCCAAGAAACUCUUCUCUUAUAUCCAUCCGCCGACGCUGUGGUCAUUCUCAAUGCUCGGAAUUUGGCGCUUCUACGUGUCCUGGCCUUUUGGGAAGUUUUUCCCGGGUCAACUUAUGCGUCUGAGAAUAUAUCGUGUAUCUCUGUGGAUUCCGGUAUGAAACUGAUAGUUGCAGCCAUGAACCAUAGAAUCGCGACCUGGUCCUUGUCUGGUGUACAGAAUGUACAGAAUGAUACAUGGCGGAUUCAUUCAUCUCUAGUAAUUCCUCGGAAGUAUACGAUCACGACCUUGGAUAGCAAAUCUGGGCUUCUCGCCGUUGGUACAAAUCGCGGAUUGUCUGUAUAUACUCUCAUACUCGAGGACAAUCUUCCAACUUGGUUUCUGAAAUGGACUGUCUCAUCAAAAACCCCUCCGUUACUGGUUCGCUUUGCUCCUUCACUGAUGUAUAUUGCAACCACGAACAAAAUAGACAAUGCUGUUUGCCUCUAUUCCACGACUACAGGGCGACAAAUACAGCUGAUACCCCACCCGAGGCCUGUCGUCAAUCUUUCUUGGCGUCACUCGCAAGCAUCUACACCUGACAUGCGAUUCUCCAGUGAUGAUUUAAUAUUGUAUACUAUCACUUCCGACUCCACCCUUCGGAUAUAUUUUCCAGUGUUAGACUCCCCUCAAUACGUUCAACUACACGCUGCCAUAGAUCUCUACUCUUCAAUAUCGCCUUCUCUUGCGACUGCUUCUGUUAAGACAUCUUCGGCUGUAUUCUGGCUCGAUCGACAAGUAAUCAGUCAGACUCUAGAAAAGUUAUUGAAUCAGGAUCCGGAUCUUGAUGACGUGAAAACUAGAACGCUUCGAGAUAUCCAAGAGGAAGGAUGGGAUCUCUUUCUACGUGUGAUUGAAGAUGGGUGCCUUGUCCUGACUGCUGUCGCGAACAUUGAUCGAAGACCGCCUACUCUCCUCAAACAUUUCACCAUACAACAAUCCUCGCGGUCUCCAUUACCAAGAAUUCCAUCACAUCUUUACGCUUUGCCCAACCCAUCUCAGCCUACCGCAAGUCUUGUGUCCACAUCACCUCUAUGCUCAUUCGAGCUGGACCUCAUGAAUUUCUUCGAUGAUCAGCCUACUGGCCUCAGGCUUACGGCAAAAUUUCUGGAUAGGAUUUCAGCUGAGGAGUCCGAAAUUUCUCGCUUUGUGAGAACACCCGAAGGACAAGGAUUAGGUGUUAUACGUAAAGGAGGAGGCGGAGAAACCUGGAGUCAUGGACCUGAUGAAGCGAUGCUCACAAGGUCCGCUUCAUGGAGUGCUGCAGAUCGAGUAGUAGUUCUUGACCAUGGUACCUCGGAAUCCACCCUUACACUACAUACGUCACCUCCUACCUCUGUCUCUGUUCCUCAUCUUACCUCGUUGUUCACGACGCCCUCCAAUAACAGUCACGACUCGAUACUUGGUAUCACGGACGACCUUGCGAUCAUCCACCUAACUGUGAACACAGAGGUUGAAGAUGGACAUAGUCCAUCUGUGACGUUAUCACUCCACUCCCACAACCACCUUCCUCUUGACGUUCACCCAUGCUUGAUUUUACCUGUUGAUCCGAUGGCGUGGGGUAUGAAAAACGAAUGGGUAGAACACGAUGCUCUCUUGAGCAUAUCUGAAGAAGGCGAGCUAGCAUUCUGGAUACCCGAAGACCGUCAGGUAAUCAACGGUUUAUCGACAUUGAAUAGCGGUCAUUCUGGCUGGAGAUGUACCGGGAAGGUAAAAACUGGGCGAAGACCAAUACGGAAGGCAAGAUGUAGCUCUGCAAAGAAAACCGCCCUCGUCACACCUUGCCCUAGUGGUGAAGAACUCACGAUUUGGGACUCCAAGGAGUCUGAAUUCGCCUCAGGACUAGAGUUCUCUCGUACGUAUAGUCAGUCCAUAAACGACCUUGAUUGGACAUCUACCCCAGAUAUGCAGUCAAUUCUUGCGGUAGGCUUUUUGCACCACGUCGAACUACUGUGCCAGCAACGCAUGACUUAUUUCGAUGAAGGCCCUAGUUGGUCAAUAUGUUGGAAAAUAAACAUUGGGAGUCUUACGCCAUACCCAAUCAAUGACUCCAUCUGGCUGGCAAAUAGUUCGCUAUUGAUAGGUGCGGGCCAUCAAAUGUUACUUUAUGGACCGCCAAAAUCGUCAGAGAAAAAGGCCGAGAGUCUGUUCGAGUAUGUCGCACGACAAAAUGGUCCUCUUCCAGACUAUCAUCCACAAAUGUUGUUGCAGUGUCUUCUGUGGGAAAAGAUCGAGUUAGUCAAGGAAAUCAUCGUCAAUCUCGCGAAAGAUAUUCAAUCCCCAGAAUCAUGGACGUCAGUGCCUGUUGAGCGAUUCUUUAGCAAAGAUCAAUCAAAGAUAGCACAUAAGAAGCGGUAUACUAUGCUCUUUGACGGUCCUCAAGAAGAUGACGAAGAGGAUGGUUUUUGUCGUCCGCUUGUCAGCGAACUCAUCGAACGCCUCGAAUUCCGACCACUGCCACACCUGACCCCGAACGAGAGUGCAAGUUUGAUUGUUCUGAUACAGACAACAUUGGAGAUUGAUGAGCAAAGGCGCUCCCUUGACUCGAAUGGUCUGCGUUACUUGAUCUCGAUGCGGUCGUUCUACAUUGUUAAUCGUCGCGCUUCAACGCCUGCUAGCCCCCGAUCCUCCGGGGCUAUCCCGCGGAACACCGGUCGGAGGGAACGAUUGCGAUAUCGAGAUAUGAUCUGGGCGUUCCAUAGUGAAAGCCAGGAACUACUACUGGGAGCUUCGUCUGCUGCGUGCAAUGGGAAACUAUGCUGGUCUGAUGCUAGAGCAUUGGGAAUCUCGAUCUGGCUGAACUCGAUCGAAUCCAUGAAAUCCCAGAUGGAAGUCAUCGCAAGAAAUGAGUAUAUGGCUGGAGAUGUACGAGAUCCCACUGUUUGUUCGCUGUUCUACUUCGCUUUGGGGAAGACGAAGCUUGUGCACGGACUUUGGAGACAAGCGGCUUGGCAUAAAGAACAAAGUGUUAUGUUAAAAUUCUUAUCAAACGACUUUACCCAGCCUCGUUGGCGAACGGCUGCUCUCAAAAACGCUUUCGCGCUUUUGAGUAAGCAACGGUUUGAAUACGCUGCAGCAUUUUUCCUCCUGGGUGGCUCGCUGAAGGACGCCGUGAACGUCUGCAUAAAACAGCUCCACGAUUUUCAACUCGCGAUUGCGAUUGCUCGUGUUGUGGAACAAAGUAAUGAGGGCCCGGUUCUUUGCAGCAUUUUGAACAAUACAGUCCUUCCUACUGCGUUCAGAGAAGGUAAUCGGUGGUUGGCAAGUUGGGCGUUUUGGUUGCUUCAUCGACGAGAUCUAGGCGUUCGAAUACUUGUGACUCCCCUGCAAGAUCUUGCAAGUAUCCUUGAUAUAUCCGUCAAGGAUAUCGGAGAGCCUCAUUAUGACGAUCCCAGUCUAGCAUUGUUAUUCUCACAGUUGAGAUCGAAAACACUCCAGGCUGCAAAAGGCAACAGCGAAAUUUCGGGACGUUUAGAGUUCAAUUUCGUGUUACAGAUUGCUCGUGUUUUCUGUCGAAUGGGUUGCCAUAUCCUCGCUCUCGACCUCGUUCAAUCGUGGUCUUUUGAUAGACCAACGGCAUUACCUCGUCCCUCGCCACGGAAUGGUGAUCGGAACUCUUCGUCAUCGCCCAAUUACAAUGGUGUUGCUACCACACAUCGGUCCACUUAUUCGUUGGCGCCUUCAUUGCGCCGUCAGUCCUCGAUAAUGAUCGAUAUGGACAUUCCCUCGAUACCUCCAACCCGUGCUGUCUCACCCGAAGGCAAAUCACGGAGUUUGAAGACAUCUUCGAUUCAGGAAGAGCAUGCACCAGACGAAGGUGAUCUGGUUGCUAAAAAAGCAGGAUUGGGCAGUUUGAUGAAGUCAGCUAAACAAGUUGCCCAAGUUCCCGAUUUCGAUAUGGGUGCUUUUAAUUUUUGAUUGCCAUAGAAGGGUUUCGCAGCUAUGUCAUGCUCCUGUGCAUGUCACUAUGUACAUACAUACAUGUUAGAAAAUUACGACUUUAUUGACGGGAGCUGGCAAUUUUCCGAAAGGCUGAAUGAUAGUACCAGACUGAGCAGCGACUUUCACUCCCAUUGAUCGUUGGAGCUUCUCCGUGUGUUUAUCAAGACGAUCCAAUUGCUGCCUUGUUCGUCCGAUAGUAUGGAAAUCAUCUUCGUCCGCUCC